AUGGCCAAUCCCUUCAAUCGCCGCCCGAUCCCCGACUACUUUGUCGCAUCUCCCUUGGUGGCCUUACUCUACCCAGUACACCAGGUCUUACUCCGUCUACGUGGUCCUCCUCGGCUCCCACCGCCAGACACCCAACCAAUCCGGGUAGUCUGCAUCUCCGAUACCCACACCCACGAAUGGCCAGAGGUACCUGACGGCGACCUCCUCAUCCACGCCGGCGACCUCAGCAACGAUGGCUCAGCACGCGAAAUCCAAGCCUCCGUCGACUGGCUCCGCAGCCUCCCUCAUCCAUACAAGGUCGCCAUCGGAGGGAACCACGACAGCUACUUCGACAUCCGGUCACGACUAGACGAGGACCGCGAAGACCCAGGUUCCCCCUUCGCAGGAGUCUCUUCCUCGUCAGCAUCCAUCCACUCCCUUCACGAGCUCAACGGGCCGUCCCGCAUCGACUGGGGCGACAUCCAUUACCUCCAACACUCAGCCGUCACGCUGUCCUUCCCCGAUACAUCCGCACCCUCAUCCACAACACCCCUCAACAGCCCCCGCGCGCGCUCCCUGACAAUCUACGGCGCCCCCCAAGUCCCAGCCAUCGUCCCCUUCGGCCCCGAGCACGCCUUCACAUACCCCCCUCACCACGACGCCUGGUCCGGCACCGUGCCGCCAGAAACCGACAUCCUUGUCACCCAUACCCCGCCCCAGUCCCACCUCGACCUGUCCCCCGUCUACUCAACAGGGUGUCCGAACCUACUAGCAGAAUCAUGGCGUGUCCGUCCCGCCCUUCACGUCUUCGGCCACGUCCAUGAAUCUGCCGGCCAGGAACCUGUCUUCUGGGACGAAGCCCAGAGAGCUUGGGAACGGCUCUGUGCUUCGCGCCGGUCACGCGCACGCUACAGUCGCCUCUCGUCGCUUGCGGGCUUCCUGCGUGAUAUGUUCGAUUUAACUGCCUGGAUUGACGCAGCGCGGGUUGUUGGAUAUGGGAUAUUGGGCGUUGUAUGGGCCCAUGUUUGGGGUGGAGAGAAUCUUGGUGGUGGGUGGAUGGUUAAUGCUGCUUGCAUGUAUCGUGAUAGUGGGCGACUGGGGAAUAAGCCGAGGGUCUUUUAUCUAUGA